AUGAAACUUUUUUCCAAUUCAGAGGUUAAAAUUGAAAUUAAGGAUUUACAAGAUUAUGAACAAAAAAGAAACGUUUGGUUUUUCGGUCUGGAUAAUGAAAGAGAAACUGUUUCCGCAGCGGUUAACAGUCUCUAUAAUACAAGGUAUUUUGCCAAGUCGAAGGAAAAGAAGAAACAUUCAAAACAAACGAACAUUCUGGUUUGUGUGAGAAGUAGAGAACAAUUUAUGAAUGGAAAAGACUUAAUUCCAGAGAAGAACAUACAAUCCAUGAGUCAAUAUGUCCUAGUGAAGAGAACUAUUACAGACCUAUGGAGCUUAAAUGCAACUCUGAAGAGAAGACGUAGUACAGACAAUACAUCUGCCACAAUGAAAAAGUCUCAUAGUUAUGGAGCUUUGCAGUCACUUGCACGGAAAGAACGUCUUAAACUCCUAAAACCCACAAUUAGGACAUCCAUAGAGACAUCUCAUAGUGUGAACAUGCCAGUAAAUGAGAAGAGUAUCUUUGACAUCCAUGCACACGACAAUAGUGAUAACUCUGAUACAGACUCUCCACACAUGCCUCCCCACACUAAAGCACAAGAUGAUAGUGGCGCUUUGAGCGAUGAUGAUUUUUCUGAGAAUGCCAUUGUUCUCGUUAAGAAUGACUCCGAAGAGGAUGAUAAAAAACUCGAAGAGAGCAGUUCCACCCAAAACAAAGAGUCUUCGAGUAGUCGUGUAUUACUGAACACUUCCAAUUUGAAAGCAAGUGCUUCCAACAAGACCACUCAGUCAUCAUCACUGGACCACCUCACACCUCCCAUCCAGAAAGGUGACAUUGUGGUUUUAUGUGUAGAACUUUCUGGAAGAAUUUUAAUCACAGGAGAAAAUGGAAUUUUCACAAGAUUUAUUCAACAAGUUCUGAACUAUACGGAUAGUGUGGUUCUUUUCGUAGAGAGAAUGGAUCGUCAGGAAUUUCAACAAACGCCUAUUCUUCACUUUUCUGGAUUGGGAUCCAAGAAAUGCUGUUGUGUCUUUGGUGACGAUCAAGACAUGACCUUGGACCAAGAAUUGCUCCAAUCUCAAGACAUGAGAAAUCUUAAAUGUCGAUGUUAUUUCUCAAGUGAAAGACCCGAGGAACAGAAAGCAAAUAUGGAGAAAUUCUGGGAGCAUGUACUCGAAUACAACAAUACUGCUCGUGCCUAUAAUCAUCAUCACCAUUACGAUGAAGCAGUACAUUCAGCACUGUACAGUGCUCAGGCUCCAGCCACUUCCUCCACCAACGAGAACAUUUUCACAGCCAAAAAGUAA